AUGGCUACUACACCUCGCUUCUCGCCGGAAGAUGUCACCGUCGUCUUCUUCCUCGGCGGCCCUGGCAGCGGCAAAGGCACCCAGUCCGCAAACCUGGUUAAAGACUACGAUUUCGUCCACCUUUCCGCCGGCGAUCUCCUCCGUGCCGAACAAGUCCGCGAAGGAAGCCAGUAUGGCGAUAUGAUCAAGACCUACAUUCGCGAAGGCAAGAUCGUGCCUAUGGAAGUUACUGUUGCUUUGCUGUCCAAUGCCAUGGCCGAGUCCCUGAAGACCACCCCCCCGCAAGCUGGUACCAAGGCGCGGUUCUUGAUUGAUGGAUUCCCGCGGAAGCUGGAUCAGGCUGUCUUCUUUGAGGCUACUGUUUGCCCGUCGGAGUUGGUGCUGUUCCUUGAUUGUCCUGAGGCUGUUAUGGAGGAGAGAUUGCUGGAGCGUGGAAAGACUAGUGGACGGGAUGAUGAUAAUGCGGAGUCUAUUCGCAAGCGGUUCCGCACGUUUGUGGAGACUUCCAUGCCUGUUGUUGAUGAUUUCGAGAAGAAGGGCAAGGUUGUUAAGGUUUCGGCUACUGGGUCUGUGAAGGAGGUUUAUGAGCUUGUGAAGACUGGUAUUGAAGCUUGGGGUGUGCACCGUCGUUGA